CCAGAUCGCAUCCACAUCCACCUCUAACGCCAUCAAUCGAGACGGCCAUGAACUCUCUCACCAUACGGCACGCGAGCAGCGGGCUGCGGCGCUGCGUACGGAGCAGUCACACGCCUACCGCCGCCGCGUCAACCCUCGCCGCUUCCAAGCUCGCCGCCAGCCGCGCCAGCACGUCGCGUACCUACGCCUACGCCACCAGCACCACGCGCGCGGCGCCCGCUUCUUCUUCCUCCACGACGACGCCAGUGCGGCGGGCGGCGCCCGCGUCUGCCUCUUCCGCCUCAGCACCAUCGUCAGCAACAGCAGCCGCAGAGAGACAACCACCGCCGCCCACGGCGCGCAACACGGCCGCCAGUACAGGUGCAAGCAGCACGCGCGAGCAGCGCAGCCUCGAAGAAGGACUGAGCGACAACCCGCUGGAGAUCGAUGCCGGCGGCGAGCCGAGCACGCAGCCCGACUGGUCGCGCAGCUUCCACGGCAUGUCGAGCCAGGCGUUCAGCGCGGAGGCGGCGGCGGCGCUGCUCGAGCCCAUCCAGCCCGACGACAUCGAAGUCAAGCCCGACGGCAUCAUCUACCUGCCCGAGAUCAAGUACCGGCGCAUCCUGAACCGGGCGUUUGGGCCUGGCGGCUGGGGCCUUGCGCCUAGGAGCGAGACAAUUGUCACCGGCAAGGCUGUCACGCGCGAGUACGGCCUCGUGGCGGGCGGAAGGCUCGUCAGUAUCGCGCGCGGCGAGCAGCAGUAUUUCGAUGCCGAGGGCAUUCCCACCGCCACCGAGGGCUGCAAGUCGAACGCCCUGAUGCGCUGCUGCAAGGACCUGGGCGUCGCGAGCGAGCUUUGGGACCCCCGCUUCAUUCGCAAGUUCAUGAAGGAGUACAGCAAGAAGGUCUGGGUCGAGCACGUGGUGAACAAGAAGCGGAAGCAGAUCACGGUCAGGAAGGACGACGAGGUCGCGUAUCCGUGGAAGGAGGUGCGUUCCUGAGCGGACGAAGCGGGUGUGUGCAGGCGGGCAUGAGAGGGGAAAGCGCGGUCGGUGGUGGAGGCAGAAGCCGCAAGAAGGCGAACGAUAGAUCAAGCCGGCACAAACAACACAAGCAGCAGCCCUCUCCGCCGGCGCACCAUGCAGCAAACGCACACAGCAGCCACGGCACAAAGACCGCUUUAGCCGGCAUGGCGCAGCCCGUCGCGAUUCUCCCGGAAAAUUAUCCAUACCCACCCACCCAUAUCGACACGCACAGAACAGACAGACAGAGGCGGAAGGAGCGAGACAGAUGAAUCAAAACAGAUGAAGACAGAUGCGCCAGCUCGAUACAGUGGGGAAGGGGCGCGGAGGGAAUUACCUACCUGGAACUUGUAUGCAUAGAUUAAAUUACACACGCUACUUUCACC